GGGGUAAUAAUCGGAAGUAAUAUUUUGUCUGCAAGAAGAUGGGUUUAUAACUGGAAGGGCUUAUAAGCAGGAUGGCUUAUAAGCGGAAGUUUACGGUAUACUUUUCAGUCAUUUGCUAUCAGCUAUCUCAACUCCCGUUAUCUCGAACUUUUUUGUUUUCGUGAUUCAGCUGUAGUUCUACAAAGAUCCGUGUUUACGUCCUAUUGGUUGUUUGUCCGUUACCACGGUGUAUGACUGCGCGCACGUUUAAUGUUGACUGGGUGUAAACUGACGUGGCUAUGUCAACAAUUAAAGCUGAGCAGGCCGAGCAUAAAUCAACCAGUUUGGAUGCCGCUCCAUUGCUGCGCCAAACGUUUCUAGGGUACUUUACCGCGUGAACUUCCUGAUCUUCUUGACGGAGCUUUGUCGCGAUAUUUUAAGAAGUGGUUUGCAAAUUUACUUUGAAAUUGAAGGAAAGCUCAGAGUAAGAGCGUUGUAAGUGUAGAAAAACACCAAAGAAAUACAAAUGAACCUAAAAUGAAGAAGGUUAUCUGCGAUUGAGGAUGGUUACGAAGGAUUAAAAUCGGCGUACUUGAAAAAUUGACUGAACGACUCAUUUUAAUCUAUUUGAAAUCGUCGUAUCUUCCUUUUAAUGGCGCCCUGCACCAUUCACAAGUUUGUUUAUUAUUGGUCGAACGAAACAAUAGAUAAAGAAUACAAACGAAGGAGGUACAGAUUAACAAGAACGAAUGAAAAUAGUGGAGAUCAAUUACUUUUGUUCUCCCGGCUUGAGCUGUUGUUUUCUGUUUCUCCUUUUCAUUCACAAAGUCUACCUGUAGAUUUUCUCAUUAACCAAAUUUGCUGAGGAAUUCCGUGCAGAGAAAAGACCCUCAGUGUUACUAUUGUACGGCCCUCGCUAAGCACGGAGCCUGAUACGAAAACGUCCUCUCGCGAGCCAAUAUUACGCCUCCACUGCAGGCUAUACCAUCCGCAGUCUUAAAUUCUCCUUGUGCGGCGCUCGGUUGAAACGACUUGAUAUCAACAGAUUAAUUCUCGUAACUAUUUCCAUAAAUUUCUAUCAGUGUUAGUUGUGGGAAUUUGGUAGUAUAUCAGCACAAUACCUCUUGGUUGAUGAUUUUCUUUUUUCUCUUCACCUGCCUGGUUGACAAUGUACAGAUUUUUACAGGAGAAAAUUCAUGUUGAUCUAAAUUAGCCCUGUCACCAAGCGCAUGCAUGUAGUUUGUUCUGUCAAAAGUAUAACACAUUCAUGACUUUUUCCCUCAAUUUAUGAAAUGAAAAUUUAAUGAGUUUUAAAAGUUGCGAUAACUUGACCUUCGCAUUUUCAAGUUUGUUCACCUUGCCAUCCAUUUCCUCUUUCGUCCUUGCUAGUCAGACUCACUCGAUAAUGCCUUCUGAUUGUUUGUCGAGUGUUGCUCGACAAAGCUAGAUAAAUUAUUGGCUCUUUACGUUCUAGGUCAUUCAUGGUGUAUUUUGCUCCUCUCAACCAUCUUUCUCCGACUAAAACAGUUCUCCUUCAGUCAUGUCGCCCUAUUGUCUCGACCCCUCGCCGACCGAAGUCAAUCCUUAGCGGCGAUAAACAAACCUCUUUGCUCGUUAAAUUAUUUCUUGUCCUUGCGUUUGCAGGUAACUUUUAUUUAACUUCCUCUUGUCUCAAGAGGCAAGAAAGGCCAAGAGCGCGACAUGCAGUCGCCAAGCCCGUUCCGCUAUGUGUUAAUAGCCCUGGUAGGGUUUCAAUUCACAUGGCUCUUUUUGGCUUUGGCGGAUCACGCAAACUUUUUAGCGGUUUCUUUCUUGCAUUUCUAACUCAAAAAUCAGUUGCUUUUGAUAUUAUUUUACUCCUUCCAGAUUUUUCUUCGCGAAAUCUGGCACGAACUUCCCUAUUUUGAGAAGUUCAUUUUUGCGAGAAAUCAAUUACUUAUCUACAAGUCAGGAAAUAUAAAUACGCUAUUUGGCUUUCUACACCCCCAGUUUAUAAAUAUCGUAUCGUUAAGUCGUGGGGGCGUAUUGUUAACGAAAUGGCCAAACGUUAUCGCUUUAACUUCUCGUAUUUCUUCCUGAAAGCUGCAAAACCAGUAAUACACGCAAGCUUUAGAUAUCAUUUGACACACACUUUAUCGCUGAUGAUUUGCAGUUUCCUAAAAUAUUAUGUUUUCCAUUUCUCCUUCCUUGUUAAACUACUCGCAAUCGAAAUUUAUCAACGUAUUUAGAAAUUCUUAAUUGCCGAUUCUAGAGUUGGUUUCCUAAUUAAAAUAUUCUAAUGUUUGUUACCAGUACAGCUGAGUAAAAAGAAGCUUAAUUGAACCAACGCUGCUGGAAGUAUGUCUCGGUCAGAGAAUUCUCAGGUCUGUAACGCACUGGCAAGUUUAUGUCAAUGAAGAAAAAAUUUUAUUUGCGCGUGGAUUAACUUGUUUUUACACGCGCAGCCUUGCUCGCAUUUAUUUUUAUUUUUAUUUUUUAUUUUUACAAAUUUGUUCUUGGAUAAUUUGGGCUUUCUUCUUGCAUCCCUGUAUUUUAACGUCUUGCUAAUGGAAGAAUUGCUUAAUACUUAGUCUGUCUCAUAAAUUAGUCAAGACGAUUAUUGAAAGCAGCUGAAAAAGGAGAACUUGGUCGUUUCAGUGGUCCUAGGUGAUCUUGUGGUUGUAACCGAAUACCCGAGUCAAGAUGGAUUAAAAUAAUGUUCUUUGUUCCUUUUCAGUGAGUGUGCAAAAACAGCAUUCUUUGUUCUCUUUACAAAACGUGUUUUUAACGCGGUGCCUUGCGAUUUGCUGUGAGAAUAAACCAUAUUACAAGAGUGCUCACGUACAAUUUUAUCGGUAAGAAGAAAGCUUGGGAGAACAUCUCUCGAUGUGCAACGUUCGUUCGAAGAUGGCUUAGAACUACAGCCUAAGCACUUCUCUUAGCCUAAGAUAAUUCAUUUGGAAUUUGUUCUUAUUUAUAGUUCUUGUCGAGCUUUUGCGAAAAUUCUUCGUCGUUGACAUCUCCACCCAGAAUAAUUAAUGUGUUGUAGAAUAAUCAGCAAAGAGAUCUAAGUUGUUUGAUAAUGUCGGUCUUUCGCGAGACUAGUGUUCGGUUUUUGAAUCUACGAUGUAGUCAGAAAACAUUUCCUCCUUAAAUAAAGUAAAGUUUAAAAAGAAAUUCUAAGCAGUGAAUUUCUCGAUCGCUUAUUUUCUAAUUACGGUAUUUCUAUAUCCUUUGUUGUUCUCAUUAGACGCACAAAUGCACAAUGUACAUUUCAGAGGAAAGUAUUUUAAACAGGAUUUUCGCCGCUCAGCAGACCAUGAAAUAUUUUCUGGUGUCUAAGUGCUGCUACACCCUUGCAACGUAAACACAAGGUGGGGCAUUUUUUGUGGCACGUUUUUCGAUUGCAGCCAAAGCAAUAACAAUAAUGUUAUUUUGAGUCGUUGCUGAUUGAUGAAGGUUUGUGGCUUUUCAAAUGGGAACUGUUCUAACCGCCAUUACAUUAAUCGCUCAACCAUCAUGGCCAUUGAAAACUUGCACGCUUGGAGAAUUACCGAAGAAAGGUACUCUCGUUUGGGCGCUCUGUGUUUUUUUUUUUUUUAAGAAAAUCAUUUAAAGCUGUGGGGCUUUGUUCCUACCUGUUCCAGCUCUUUCCAAAGCAUUUCUUAUCGAGUUGGAAUGUAUAAUGCCCGAAACAUCUUGACCCCAAACAAGAUUACCAGCGAGAGAUUAGAGUUAACGGGUUGAAAACACCGAACCGUUAAUAUAAAAAAAGACUUCAUGCGUGCACUGAGAGAUGCCAAAGGUCGAGCAUUGUUUCGCUUUGAAAAUCGUUUAGCACUUUAGUAAAGGGCAAGGCCAUGUCUGUAGCGCAACUCUUGUUCUCACGAAUACUCUUCCAUGAAUAACUGUCAAAAAAAGCAAGCCACUUGAAAUAUUUCCAUUUAGCAUAUGUCUAGUUUUCUUUCUCGAACAGGGCAGAAUCUCGAGUUACAUCGCCUGCGAAAUGCACGCUAGCAAAGAUCAAGGCUUUCAAGGUUCUACUUCGUGCGUUUGCCAUAAGGCAUUAAUAACAGCUUGUCGCAGUUUUUGUGCCGACCUGUCAAAGUUUGCAGGGAAUCAUUUUUUUUUAUGGAAAUUUCGACUUCUGAUUAUCCGUUGCGUGCAUGUUGAUGAACAUGGGCUUUUCUUCGUUGACAAGUCGGCGGAAUAUAAAAACAUCGGUUAUCGAAAAAAUCUGACGUACUCUUUCACGAGAUUGUCAACGGGUUUGCUGUACUCACGCGAGGCGUUUGGCCGGUCUCGCGCAAAUGGACUUUAAACACGCACCCGAGAGGAUUGUUUACAGCCAUCGAAUCGCCUAUUAUAUCAAACUGCUUUCCGCGAUGUAAGUAGGUAAUGUUUACAGGUGCCAUCUGCUCACAUCUUGAGUAUACGCCGAUGGACAUCCUGGUUUAGUUAAAAGGAAACCUGUAUCAACUAACUUAGUAUUAUUGCCCUUCUUGUUUACAUUCUCUUUUUAUGCUGGUUGGAAGGAAGAAACAUUUUUUUUUGCAUCCUCCACGCGCGCGAAUUUCUCUCAGAGAAUAAUUCCACAUUUCCUUGAUUAACUCAUUUCUCUGUUAAGAUGUGAAGUUAUUUUCGCUUGUCGGCGGUCUUUCUUACACUAUGCAGGGUAUAUUAAAUAGGUAAUAUAGCUUGUGAUUAGUUUUUCAUUGUUUUGGCUGUAGUUUCGGUGGGAAAAUUGUCUAUUUUGGUCAUGUGGAUUUUUUGUAGUGGUGCUUAACUCCUUGUGCUGCAAUGUUAACGCGAACCCUAUGUUUUUCUUGUUUUAAAAUCUAUUUGGUUUACUCUUUGGCAAGUGUUGUUGCGGCUGUUUAGAAUUUAGCGUAGUGUUUUCCUCGCACAGCAUCUGAAAUUAAAUAUUCUUUCGCUUGACUUGCUGAAAGCGUGUCGUGGUAAAUUUGGCACGAGUCUUAAAGUAAUUUUAAUAAACCGCGCCGCAAAAUUAAAAGACGCCUAGAGAUCUCCCCCUACAGCUGGAGGCAAAGGGUUUAAUGAGAUCGCGGAGACAAAAUAAUUUGUCGUCAAUAAAGCCAGUUGCGAGUGAGAUGGAACCCUCAGUGUUUUCGGAAAAACAUAAAUAUUUGGCUUGCUCCAAAUUUUACACCACGCCCCGAGAAAUUAAGCUAUUGAAUUUUUUAUCGCAUAACAUUCUGUGUUUCUAAAAUUAAUGCUGGUGUUCGUUCAAAACCAAAGGUUUUGUUUGUUAUAAAACGGUCGGACCGGUUGCUUGGAAGAAAAACAUUCACUUAGGAAGCUUUUAGUCGAUCUGCGAAUUUGAUAACAAUCCCUGCAGGGCGCGAAGUCGAGAAGAAUAGAAAAGCAUUUAGUCUUCAAAAUUGUGCUGGAUUCCCCGACGUGAGUUAAAAUCAAAAUGAGCAUGCUAUAUUUUUGUUGUUUUGAUUGUUUUCUCGCCAUUCUUUGUUUCUAGACGUGUGGUUUUUGAGCACGACGGGAGGUGCAAGACGUAUCGCUUUCCAUUCAUCUAGUGGCUUAGUUACACGCGCUUCCAUAAUAAGAAUUUACCAGCUUGAAUUGCUUCCUUUCAUUCAGCAAUGGAGAAACACCUUUUAAUAUUUCUCCAAAACAGUGUAAUGGUUUGUAAGGAAAAAAUUGCGCGUCAUAAUGAAAAUAGUAGUUUCCUUUUAAGCCGUCAUAAAGGAAAUCGAAGAUUUUUCUUUUCGAUCGUUAAAUUAAAGUAGAAAAUUUGUCAGUGCGCGUCAAUUUCUUGACGUGAAGUUAAAUGGAAUUGUGCUCUGUUGUUCAGCAUCGUGAAUAUUUUUCUCAGUAGAAAAACCACAUAGUAAUUUAUUCUCGCAUCAAGCGUGAAAGUCAAUCAUCUUCUUCAAACGUGUAAUUCACCGUGGACCGUAGCUUUAAUCAGUUUUUAAUCGUGUAAUAUGCUGAAGUAAAAUUAAAUUAACUUCGCGGCCGGUGAAAUGAAUUUUGCGAGCGUGGUUUGGCGUUUUAUCGUGUUAUCUGCUACAUAUUACGAGCAACAGGAGGCCUUGUCGCUCGAUUUGCAUAAACCCAUCUAGUUCUCGCUUACAUUUUAAUGAAGUUGGCUGGCAAGAAAUAAACCCAAUAGCCUUCACCCGUUACGUUAGCAUUGUUAAAAGCAACUACCGUUACUAUGAAUGUGGAGGAUAUCGUGGACAGAAGGAAAUUAACGAAGAUAAAUCACUUUUAGUGGCGCAUUUUGCUCUCGCCUGAAAGCAUAUUGAAUCGGACAAUCGCCUUACGCGAAUUAAAAACACUAUUCAUGCUCCCUUUUAAAAAUUAAACCUUACAAACACGUAAGACAAACAGUAAAUGAAACCCGACUGCCAAGUCAAAUUGCAUCUCUUUUUCCUUUGCUUUGUUUCGCCGUCUUUGCCUAGCGAAAGAAAAAUUCUCCAUUUCGCUCUUGAAAAGAAAAAACUCCGGGGCUAUUUUUCAUUCCAGAUGUAAUUAUAAUGAUUCGAUGGACACCUAGGUCCACAGGAACAAAAGAUUUAACAGCGUUUUCUGUCGUUUGUGAAUUACAAUUCCAUUAUCUGAAAAAAUACUACUACGUUUUGUUUGCUAACCGAAAUAAUUGGCUUUUGCCUCGAAGCUCCUCCUCUGCGACACUCGCGACUCCGGCUCAAGAAAAGUAGCGAGAAAAAAUUUGCGUGGGAUAUCCAAGAAAUUUUAAGCUCAACCGUGUCCAGUUUCGGCGUGGUUUUGACGUAAAGUUGACUCUUCGAGAGUCAAUGCUCGGAAGGGAAAUUUUAAUUGGGGGGUUCCACGUAAAUUAAACGUGAUUCCAGCCUUUGUUAAUGUUUGUUGUUUUUUGAUUUUUCCAUUGUUAAACUGUGUUCCCGACUCUACGUUGGCUCGUCGAAUGAUUGAUAGGUGCUGUACAUUAUAAAUUAAUUAACAUUGUUUGGUGCGUAACAAUAUAUCAGAUGAUCACACCCGCGCUUCGGGGAGAAAGAAUAAGCUUGCAAACAAGGUAACGGUCCUCGGGCCUGCGACAGCCAGCCAAGCUCGCUAAGCGUGUAUGCGGUUUAAACGGCCUUGUAUCAAACCGUUUCUCGAACGCGCGAUAUCAGCGGCGUGGUUUUUCUUCUCGACUAGCGUCUCGCUUCGUCAGUUUCUACCCGGUAGAUCUGGAGCAGUUUUGUCUAAACUUUAAAGAAGUGGUUUCCGUGGUUUACAGAACUUGAACAUACGUUGGCCCGCGCCGGCAAGAUGCCGAAAUCGUUCUUAGUCAAGAACAAGAAAGCAGUGCGCCGCACUGAAGAUGGCGAGAUCUUGGAAGGCGCGAUGUCUGCUCCGCGAGAAGAAAACCACUCAGAUGAAAAGCCUACUUCGUCAGAAGAAAUGUUAAAAGCCGAGUUAAUUGACGAGGAGGAAAAGACCGAGGGGGUUGAUUUCAGAGACAGCGCAUUAAGCAAGGGCUUGGAGCAUGAAAUGGCGAUUUCCAUGCCAAGGUUGAAAUGUGAAGGCGACGCCUUCUCCGCUGAACGAGUUGAAAAGCGAGAAGCGACAACUGAGCGGGCGAAUGGUAAUGAUCUGUUUUGGUGGAGUAGCUUCAGCUCAAGAUAUGAAUUACAAAACCUUCCCCCACCACCUAAACUUAUCAGUUCCGUGCCGAGAAACGGUUUAUCGAAAGUACACCAUGCCCAUUCGUCGGACCAACAUUCUGUCAUUACUUUGAAUCAGAGGCAUCACUUUCCAUUAACAGCCAACAGUUUCGCCGUUGUUAACUUCCACGACCACAGGGUACCAUCCAUUCCCGAAUCAAUACCUGUUCGUGCGUCUUUAGAUGGGCUUCGUGAAGUAUCGUUGAACCUUCGGCAUGUUUCGGAUAGUCAUCGGGAGUCCUCGCUCUGCCCAAGCAUUCCACAGCAGGCGUCCGCUCCGCAGUUUAAUGGAAACCAUUUCUUCAUUCACAGCCAUCCAUUUCUACCACCAUCUCACCAGCAACAAGAGUGCCUUACGAAUCUCCAAAACAAGGACCAGGACAGAAAGACUGGCGAAAACGACGAGACGAAAUACAAAUGCGAGAUUUGCAACAGUUCGUUCACGCUCCAACGCCUGCUCAAUCGCCACAUGAAGACUCACUCCUUUUACAAACGGUAUCACUGCCAGUACUGUACCAAAGGCUUCAAUGAUACCUUCGAUCUGAAGCGCCAUAUAAGGACACACACAGGAAUAAAGCCAUUUAAGUGCAGCCGAUGUGACAAGUCGUUUACGCAGCGUUGUUCGCUCGAGGCGCACCUAACACGCGUGCACGGCGUGGUACACAAGUUUGGUUUCCGAGAGAGGCGCUCGAAAAUGUUCGUUUGCGAAGACUGCGGCAGCACGUUUACGGAAAAUUCCGAUUUUAUGAAGCAUCUGCACGAGUUUCACCCCGAGACUGAGAAAAUCAUGAGGGCGCGGAGAAAUGGAGGAUUUGCUCAGAAAAUUGCAGGUGAUAACUGAAUAAGAUGUGGCAGAGGUUACAGCAUUUUAAGUCUAUUAGUUAUAAAUUCUUGAUCGUCUUGUAAAGAGAUAUAUUUCAACUGCGAAUGGACAGUUCAGUUAAAAUUGAACAACACUCUUGAUUUCAAUCGAAAUUCAAUUCAACUUUCUUCUUCUCUCGAUUCGCGACACACGAGAGAAACUCGCGUGAAGUGUUGCAUGUUUCUCACGCGUGUGUUCUUUAAGCAUUUAGUCACCAAAAGUAUAUUUUUUGCGAUACGCACCAUAAAUCAAGCUUUCUAACAAUAGAGAGGGCACCGUGGACAUCUUCAUCUUUCUAGAUCACAGCAAUUAUACAUAUAUAAUGGUUUGCAUUAGCGCAAUGGUACUCGUCAAAGACAGGAACCCAUUAAGAGUGAGGAUACUAAGGCUGGCGCGGGUGGAAAUGGAUUACACAAUGGACAAACUUGAAAACGCCAGGUUCACGUUUUCAAGUUCCGCUCGCACUUCUUUAAAAUCUUGUCGGAACGUUGAAUUCCCAGUUAUAUCACGGAGUAGGGCUAAUGUCAUGAAAAUAAGCAACAUGUUCUGCUUUAUGUAUGACAUUUUUUCAACAAAGCUGCUCAGGAAAAUAGAGUGCAUUGUUUUUAGCAAUCUACCUCUCGCUUUUUUCAUUCAUUGCUUGACGUUCUCAGGGAAAGAACACAAAGGUCGUAGUUUAGUAAUACACGGAAAGUAUUCUUUCUGAAAUUCGGUGAGAUUUUUUCUAAGCUUUCUUAUACACCCGUCUGUGUAUUUUCGAGCUAGUUCAGUUCAGGUUGUUCCCUUGCAGUGGAGAGAAUUCGAAUCGUUCUCAUUCAACAGUCACUCGCAAUAAAUGUUUAGUCCUUUAGCCUUAAUUGAUAAGACUAAAUCCUCUUACUUUAUCGAAGAAUAAUUUAUCCCAGAAAUAUUUAUCAUAUUUAAUGAGCCCAAUGUUAUGUUAACGUUAUAUAAAACCCAGAGUUACAGAUAUUAAAUAAUAUUUCAAAUUUACAUACUACAUUAGUUGUGUUUUAAAGUGUAUUCAAAACCUUUUCAGUCGUUCUGCGAAUGUUAUUUAACCACAGUUAUUGUAAUGUCGUUCAUUAUGUUCCAAUUUCGCCAGCUGAAAAUGUUCUCCUGUUAUGUAAUGUAUAUAAAAUAACAUUCGAUCAAUUUUGAAUAUCGAUUGAGAUUGUAAAUUUCUUGAAGAUUGAAAAGAAAGAGAAUCCAAGAAGUUGCAUAAUUUCGCGUUUGUGAAGCGUAUGCUGUAAAAUUUUGGGAAAUGUAAAAUUGUUUUGUAGAAAAAAUGAUUUGGCAUAAGCUGCUUUGCUGUGAUUUUGGUUUUCGAGGGGUUUUACUAGACUUACACUGCACGGAAAAUCACUUUUGCUGUCGCGAUGAAAGAUUUGGUCUCACGAUUUUUAAAAACGUAAUUAAAUGUAGAUUUAGAUGUAGAAGUCAUCUUUAAUUAAUUUGAAAAAAGUAAUAGGCUUUUCGCGUGUUAUGCCCUUCCUGGCUAAAAUGGAUUUACUUAAUGCUCUAAUGUCUCGGCUAUAAUACUCGCUCUUUUCCCACGACCUCAUAAGCUACUGAGCUUUAAUUUUAAUCGUUCUUAAAUGAAGGUUGUCUGUCUGUCCAUAUGGUCUGUCUGACAGUAAAUGCCUCAUGUAGUUCUUAGAAUCACGAACACUAUCAUGCGGUGUUUAAUGUUUCUGUUAAUACAGUUUCUAAACUGCUGACAUUAAUUAUAAUCACUGAAAUGCUCGCGACGAAGCUAAGAUCAUGUGCAAAAGGGCGGUAAGGGCCAGCCUCGUUCUCAAGAGCUAUACUGAAAAUGAGGCUUGAAUGAGGCGGACUUUAGCGCAAGAACAACCUUUUGGGAUCAAACUCCAUUUGGACUAGACUCAAAUGCAGAGCGAAGGUGAUUUUCUUUGCAGUGUGAUCUUUAUUUAAAUAAAAGGAACGCUUCGAAAACGGCUAGCUUUGUAUAUCCUAACCCUGCUGGACUGUAUAAACGCAUUUUGUGGUACUCUAGUACUACUGCGCAGCAGGUUAAAGGGGCUGUGUCACCAGGUUGUCACGUCAACAGACUCAUGCUUAAAAUCUAAGCUUGCCGUGAAAGGACUAGAAGGAACUACGCCUCAUUUCUAAGGACAAAUUAAUUUACUCGUCAACCUAAUCUUCAAAUGGACACGAUUUUACUUUCACAUUUAUGUGUUGUUGUUGUUGUUUUUUUUCAUUUGAAAAUCAAGUUGUAUGCUAGAACAAGUUGUUCGUGCAACGUAGGUAUGUAGCCAGACGGGAAUCUUCAAUUGGGAAACAUUGUCCUGAUUUACCGCCAGAUUCUCUAAAGUUACAUCACAAGAUACCGACGGUAAUUAAGGAGAAUUUUUUUAUUCCAAUGUUAAGACCAGGUGACACAAUUCCUUGAACUCUCACAGCAUUCUCUGUCAAAAACGCAACCAAGCAAAAUUACUCCUUUAGUUAGACAGCUAAACAGUUCACAUUCUAGAAAGCAAAACUUGUGUCGUUCUUCAUCAGAUGCACUGCAAGCAGUAAAUAAUAAACAAAAAUAUCAGUUUA